AAUCAUGUUUUAAUCAAACGAAUAAAAAUGAUAACAGUUAAUAAUAGUCAAGUCAAAUGUCAAUACAAGACCGGUGUACGGAGAAUUUUGGAGUUGUUAUGACAUGAAUUUUUAAAAAUCCAAUUCAAUAAAUUUAAUUGACAAAUCUUGCAACAGUGUUCUUUACACGAAUAAAGUUCUUCAUCAAAUUUUAUUUGUAUAUAAUUUAUGUUACAUAAUUCAUGAAUGAUGUCUAUUAAAUUGUCAAAAUUAUUUCAUUUAUUAAAGAAGACAAGUUGUGCAUUAUGUUCAAAACGAUAUGUCGGUGUCAAUGUUAAAUCUGAAAAUGUUGAUCCUUUUAUGGCACCAUAUAGCGAGUCACCUAAAGAUCAGCAGCGUUUGUAUGUAUGGGGUAUGGCUGAACAUGGUGCUUUAGGUGAUUUAAAAAUCAGAUCCAGAGAGCGUCAAAUACAGUUCAUUUACAGACCUGUGAGAUUGAGGUUUUCAUAUUCUCAUAAAAUCAAGGAUUUAGCAUGUGGUUAUGGAUUUACAGUUUAUGCUGUUGAUAGUAAUCAAUACAAACUUUUUGGUUGCGGUUUGAAUACAGAUUCACAAAUAGGAUACCAUGAUCCACGAAAAGGGUAUCCAUUAGGAUUGAUAUUAGCCACAGUACCAAUUCAACUUCCUUUAAAAAAACCUAACACUAAAAUAAAAGCAGUGGCUGCAGGUCGUGCACAUACACUUGUAUUAACAAACACAGAUGGUGUAUAUGCUUUAGGUAGUAAUUGUUAUGGACAAUGUGGGCGAAAAAUAAUUGAUAAUGAAGACUUUAGUAAGCUACGAAAUGCGAAUAAUAUUAAAUUAGAUGAUAGUAUUUCAAAAAUAGUUUGCGGCCAAGACCAUAGUUUAUUCAUAACUAAAACUGGUAAAGUAUAUUCAUGUGGAUGGGGUGCCGAUGGUCAAACUGGAUUAGGACAUUAUAAUAAUGAAUCACAACCCACUCUUGUUGAAGGAGACAUUAAAAAUGAAAAAAUUGUAAAAUUAGUAUCUUCAGCUGAUUGUGUUUUAGCUUUAAAUGAUCAAGGAGAAGUUUUUGGCUGGGGUAAUUCAGAGUAUGGUCAAUUAUUAUUAGACAGUGAUAAAUAUCAAGUUAAUACACCAAGAAAGUUACUUUUGAAUAAAGCUAUUGGUAAAAUCACUGAUAUUGGUUCUACUGGGUCAUCUUGUAUAGCUUUAAACGAUGAAGGUAUGGUUUUUGUUUGGGGUUUUGGUAUUCUGGGCAAAGGCCCUGAUAUGAAUUGUAGCCGAGAACCAACACCCAUACCACCAAUUUUAUUUGGUAGAAAUCAAUAUAAUCCUGAAACACAAGUGAAAUCUGUGUAUAGUGGUGUUUUUCAUAUGGCAGCUAUUACAUCUGAAGGAAAUCUAUACACAUGGGGAAAAAAUAAAUGGGGUCAACUAGGUCUUGGCCAUAUAAAAGACCAAUAUUUUCCUUUACAAGUUUCAGUUGGUGCUGCUGUUAAACGUGUAAGUUGUGGAGUUGAUCAUAUGGUUGCACUAUGUACACCAUAUCAAUAAAUAAUAAUUAUUUACAAACAUUAA